AUGCGAGUCGGUUCAUCAGCAGCAGCCGUGGAGCGUCCCGUUGACUCACCAUUACCACCGUUAAUCAGUUCAGUCCUAAAUGUCACAACAAUAACAUCACCGAUAACUGAAGCUGGCUCAACAAUUGCGAGAUAUUUAAAGCCAGCUGAUUUUCCUACAUUCACUGGGAAAGUAAGCGAAGAUAUCGAUGAAUGGAUCGCACAAGUAUCCGCCAUAAAAGAGUACAGUGUCACGAACGAUUCCGAAAUCCUCACAGUCCUUCCACUGGUCCUGCGAGAUGCUGCAUUAAGAUGGUUUACAAAUUUAGGCGAGACAAGACGCACUACUCUUAGAACAUGGGGAAUUUGGCAGCACGCCUUAUAA